AUGGACAAGUUCAGCUCCGUUGAGGUCCAGUUCCUCGAAGAUGUCUUCAAGUACUUUGAUAAAGAGAAUAAAGGCACUUUAGAUAGCCGGGAUCUGGCUGAAGCCUUAUAAGGACUGCAGGCAGCUUGGUGACAGAGAAGGAAGCAAUCAGCCUGAGAAAGAAAUAUGACCCAGAGCAAGUAGGAGUGCUUGACCUGAGGUACUGGUUUUUCGAAUUUUGAUAA